GUAUGUUUUGACUGCGGAGCAAAGAACCCUAGCUGGGCAAGCAUAACGUAUGGAGUUUUUCUCUGUAUUGAUUGUUCAGGGACCCAUCGAUCACUUGGUGUUCAUUUGAGUUUCAUUCGAUCUACAGAACUGGAUUCCAAUUGGUCUUGGUUUCAGCUGAGAUGCAUGCAAGUUGGAGGAAAUGCAAAUGCUUCUGCUUUUUUCCAUCAACAUGGAUGCACAACAAACGAUACCAAUGCGAAGUAUAACAGUCGUAGUGCUCAGCUUUACAAGGAGAAGAUUAAAUCUCUUGCAACACAGGCAACAAGAAAACACGGUACUGAUCUGUGGACGGAUGGAUGUGGAAUGCCCCCUGUGUCACCUCAGAACAAAGAGGAAGACUUUUUUGCAUCCCAUGUUUCUCCCAAGGUGAAGAAUGCAGAGUGGGUGUUAUCAGAGCCAGAGACAGUUUUGCUACAGCCAAAAACUUCAGAAAAUAUUCCAGAAUGCUAUGAAGGACUAGAACAUGGACCAAGUGUUGAUUGCCUGAGUACAUCACCAAAAGCUGCAUUAGAGAACACCACCUUCAUAAAAAAGAAGCCAAAUCAAGCUAAGAAGGGGCUUGGUGCCAAGAAAGGUGGUUUGGGAGCACAGAAAGUGAGCAGCCAAAGCUUUAAUGAGAUUGAAAAACAAGCACAAGCUGUAGAUAAAAUGAAGGAACAAGAGGAUCUUCAUAGCAGUAAGAAAACUGAGAAGGAAGAGCCACUCGUGUCAUCUUUACGGUUGGCCUACAGAGAUCUUGAUAUUAAAAUAAAAGAAGAAAAGUUAAAUCUAUCUGGCAAGAAGAAAAAUGAAUUGGAGAGACUUGGCAUGGGAUUUGGCAGCAACAGAAGUGGCAUUUCUCACUCGGUCACCUCAGAUAUGCAAACAAUAGAACAGGAAACACCUGUUAUUGCAAAGCCAAAGAAAAAGUACACCGAUGAUGUAGAAGACUCAUAUUUCACUUCUAGUUCAAGGUAA